UGAGUGAUUACGAAACAGUUUUUCACGUUUUUCAAUCAGACAAAAUGUGCUGUUUUCAUGAAUGAACACUUGAUGACGUGUUGUUGACAUUUUGUUGGAACCUUAAGAAAAGUCGACGUGUUGUUGGAACCUUAAGAAAAUGACUUUCCAAAAUAAAAGCGAGAUGACCUGUGGUCCCUGAACGCCUCACGCCUGGAGCGGGAGGAUUUGGGGGCGUGGCCAGUUAGCGAACCUGAUAUCGGACUUUUCUUCCUCGGCAGAUUUCAUCAACAUCACGCAGACAACUCUUCUUUAUUCUUAUUCUUCUUCUUCUUUAUUCUUCUUUAUUGUUGUUAUUGUUGCGACAGACAGGAAGAAUUAGCCGCCAUGUCGGAGAUGCAGCCUCCCGCCUGGAAGGACGAGCUGGCCGACAUGUCCCAGCACAUUUACCUGCAUGGAGGCAACAAGGUGGGUGGAGCGACGUACUUGAGAAGGAGUCGACUGAAAAGAUCGGACGGCAGCACGACGUCCACCAGUUUCAUCCUCAGACAAGGUUCUGCAGACUCCUACAUGAGCCGACCCUCGGACUUAGACGUGUCUGUGGAGGAGGACCAGGAGGAGCAGGAGGAGCAGGAGGAGCAGAGACAGCAGGCCGCCCUCCAACUGGAGAGGGCAAAGACCAAAGCCGUGGCCUUCGCCGUCAGGACAAACCUCAGCUACUGUGGCGCUCUUGAUGAGGACGUCCCAGUGGGCGGGGCCGCCGUCUCCUUUGAUGCCAAGGACUUCCUCCACAUCAAAGAGAAGUACAACAAGGACUGGUGGCUGGGGCGCCAGGUAAAGGAAGGAAGUGAGGUGGGCUUCAUUCCAAGUCCUCUCAAGCUGGAGAACAUGCGAGUGCAGCAGGAGCAGAGGAGAGGGAACUCCUCCUCCAGUCUGGGAGACAUGGUGUCAGCUCCCUUUAAGAGCAAUCCCAACAAGGCAGGGAAGCACAAACUCAAAAUGGCUGAGCAGGGGCCCCCCUAUGACGUGGUCCCCUCCAUGAGGCCGGUGGUCCUGGUGGGUCCGUCCCUGAAAGGUUACGAGGUGACGGACAUGAUGCAGAAGGCGCUCUUCGACUUCCUCAAGCACAGGUUUGAUGGCAGGGUCUCCAUCACCCGGGUGACGGCCGACAUAUCGCUGGCCAAGAGGUCGCUGCUCAACAACUCCGGGAAGCGGGCCGUCAUUGAGAGGUCCACCGUCAGCUGCAGCCUUGCGGAGGUGCAGAGCGAGAUCGAGCGCAUCUUUGAGCUGGCCCGCUCCCUGCAGCUGGUGGUUCUGGACGCCGACACCAUCAACCACCCGGCUCAGGUCCUCAAGACCUCCCUGGCGCCCAUCAUCAUCCACGUCAAAGUGUCCUCGCCCAAGGUCCUGCAGCGUCUGAUCAAGUCUCGAGGCAAGUCUCAAAGCAAACACCUGAACGUGCAGCUGGUGGCGGCCGAGAAGCUUUCCCAGUGUCCGUCGGAAAUGUUUGACAUCAUCCUGGACGAGAACCUGCUGGAGGACGCCUGCGAGCAUCUGGCCGAGUACUUGGAGGCGUAUUGGAGGGCCACGCACGCCUCGCCCGGGGCCGCGCCCAACCCCCUGCUGGGGCGCAACCUGGGCUCCACCGCGCUGUCGCCGUAUCCCGCCGUCUUCCAGGCCCAAUGGAACCGUUCAAGCGGAGAACUGGUCCCGGUGGAGCGUGGCGGCGGCCUGAUGCCGGUGGACCAGAACCUCCACAAGGAGCGGACGAGGAGCAAUCGCAACCGCUUGUCGUCCGGCUCGCAACACCUGCCUCUGAUGGAGGAGGACCCUGACCAGGACUCCUACAGGCCUCAUCGGAACCAGGACUGCAGACACAGGCUGGGAUGCUAACUUGGACUCUAGGGACCGCGACCACCAUGGGUCUUGUCCAUGUGGACCGCGACCAACAUGGACCGUGAGCAACAAGGGUCUUGUCCAUGUGGACCGCGACCAACAUGGGUCUUGUCCAUGUGGACUGCGACCAACAUGGACCGUGAGCAACAAGGGUCUUGUCCAUGUGGACCGCGACCAACAUGGGUCUAGUCCAGGUGGACCGCGACCAGCAUGGGUUUUGUCCAUGUGGACCGCGACCAACAUGGACCGUGACCUUGUCCAUGUAGACUGCGACCAACAUGGGUCUUGUCCAUGUGGACCGCGACCAACAUGGGUCUUGUCCAUGUGGACCGCGACCAACAUGGACCGUGAGCAACAAGGGUCUUGUCCAUGUGGACUGCGACCAACAUGGGUCUUGUCCAUGUGGACCGCGACCAACAUGGGUCUUGUCCAUGUGGACUGCGACCAACAAAGGUCUUGUCCAUGUGGACUGUGACCAACAAGGGUCUUGUCCAUGUGGACUGUGACCAACAAGGGUCUUGUCCAUGUGGACUGUGACCAACAAGGGUCUUGUCCAUGUGGACUGUGACCAACAAGGGUCUUGUCCAUGUGGACUGUGACCAACAAGGGUCUUGUCCAUGUGGACUGUGACCAACAAGGGUCUUGUCCAUGUGGACUGUGACCAACAUGGGUCUUGUCCAUGUGGACCGCGACCAACAAGGGUAUUUUUCAU